GUCAGUCGACGAUCUCUCCUGAGCUCACUUCGUGUCGCUCUGCUCGCUUUCUAGCCCUCUCUCAUCCUUACUCGAGUCGAGUCGAGCUCAGUGCAACAUGUCUGCCGCCGUCAUGGAUACCAUGUGCCACAACGAAAACAUCAGCAACUGCUACCGCAGCUUCCUCGCCUCCGCGGCCAAGCGGCAGCAACGCCGCUCCGCGCUGGACCGCAAAAUCCACAAGCUCAAAAAGAUGCUUAAGCCUGUGCUUUCCCUGGUGCGUGGACGCAACGACAAGUCCUACUACUACAAGGCCGAGGCCGACCACUGCUGCUGGGCCCAGGACUCUGACGUGGACUCCGACAACGCCGCCAACGAGGCCCUCGAAUCUCGCCUCCUGGACGAGCUCGCUCACCCCAAGGGCGCUUCCAUCCAAGUCUGGGUCGGCGGCCAGGUCGUCGAGAUUCCCAUCGUGCCCGGCCAGCCCCAGGUCAUCCCCGUGCACUUCGUCAUCGACCAGGAGGCCGUCAAUGGCUUCUGCUGGACCCCAAUGAACGCCGACAGCGACUUGUGCUGCAGCGACGCGACCCCCUACAUCACCGAGAACCAGGUUGCCGAAGUACAAGCUCCCUUCCAAUCCUGCGAUACCUACUCUCCAUUCACCACCUGCGGCGACUGCACUCCCUGCGCUUGCUAAGCCUGAUCAACAGUGAUUAAAAAGUGAUCCGAUGUGACUGUUUUUAUGUGAGUUGCUCAAAAUGUCGGCGCUCUGCCGCCCGACAUCAGUGAAAUAUCAGUGAAAUGUGUUUUGUAUGUGGUUAAUCCGCGUGCGUGCCGAAUUUAAACUGUAUCAGUUUAGAAUAUGUUUUUAAAAAUAACCAGUUUCUUUCUGGUUGCCGUUUUCAAGCCGUAGGCAGGUGAUUUGGAGCUUUAAUUAGGUGGUUAGGUAUUUUCGUUUUAUAGUAAAGGAUCCGCGUAUAACUGCCAUAAAUUUCACGGGUCCGAUACGUUUUGCGAAGUUUUAUUGAUGUUGAGAGUUAUUGUUGUGAAAGUUAUGAAAUCAGCAGCCUCUUGUGAUCUCAUAGUUAAGUAAGAAGGAUUCAAGGACGCAGAGACAUGAUUGAUUUUAAAUUGUUUGUCCGUUGAAGUGAUACAUAGCUUUACUUUAAGCAGCGUUAUGUUUCUUAAGUUUUGAAUGAUUGCACUUGAUGUGCAGUACUUUCGUCGCAGAAAUCGCACAAGUGUCAGUAAUUUUGUACAUUUUAUCGACUGAGUUUCGUUCGCUCAAUUUGUUUAUAAAUCACAAUGAUUUAUGUGAUAUUGAGUAGUUUUAUUUUGAAACUGUGAUGGUAGAAAGCUUUAUUGUUUGCACAUAUUUUAAGUGCCUUGCCAGUGAAUAUGUUGAUUUGAAUAUUUUUUCCUCAUUUUUUACAAUUAAAAAUGAAUGAACUUUA